UUCUUGUGUUUUGUGCUGGCUGACGAAUUCGUCUUACGCAUUUUGCAAUUGGAUUUUAAUUAAAUACACAAUAAAUUUAUAAUAAAGAUGCAUGGCCGUGUCAAGGUGCGUACUACGGAGGAGGAGCGAGAGCGCAAGAAGAAGGAGCAGGUGCUCAAGAUGCGAGCGUAUCGAGCAGCAAUGUCACGUCUGCAGAAAAAACGUAGCGCCGGCGAACUCGAUGACGAAUUGCUCAGCUUGACGGUGAAUCUGCUGCAGCGCAAUCCGGACAUUGGCACCGUGUGGAACAUACGACGCGAGUGUGUGCUCUAUAAGGUGGCACAGCUACAAAAGGAGAAGGAAGAGGAGAAGAAAGAGGAGGUGGCAACAACUCAAAGCGAAGAAGGCGAUGGCGACAAAGGCGAUGGUGAUAAGAAGCUAGAGGAGAAGAAGGAGGAGAAGCCCACUGUGGAGCAGCAGCUGCAACGCAUCUAUGCAACCGAACUGGACCUCACCGAACAGUGCCUCAUGGUGAAUCCCAAGUCCUAUGGUGCCUGGCAUCAUCGUUGCUGGACUUUGGAACAGAAUCCGCAAGCGGACUGGAAGCGGGAGCUGUACUUGUGCAACAAGUACUUAAAGUACGACGAACGCAACUUCCACACCUGGGACUAUAGGCGCUAUGUGUGCGCCAAGGCAGCGGUGCCACAGCAGCAGGAGCUGGACUUUUGCACGGAGAAAAUCAAAGUAAACUUCUCGAACUACUCGAGUUGGCAUCAUCGCAGUCUGCUGCUGCCCAAGUUGUAUCCCAACGAGCAGCAGGAUCGACCGAUGUGCGAGCACAAGCUGAAGGAGGAGUUGGAAAUGGUGAUGACAGCUGCAUUCACCGAUCCCAACGACAGCAGCGCUUGGUUCUAUCAACGCUGGCUUCUGGGCAGUGGAGCCCAGUUGGACGAGAAGCCAACAGUGGCUGCGUUUCGGUGUUGGCCCAACAAGGCGCAGUUGGCACUGAAGAAGCCUUGCGCUGAGUUGUCGCAGCUCAAGUUGCAGUUGAUUAGCGGAGAGCAAACUUAUCCUUUAGAGUCUUGGACAGCAGCAAAUACAGAAAAGACUUUGUGGGAAUGCAGCCACAGCAUUGAGACUCAAGCAAGCCAGGAAUAUGCCUUGGAGGUGCAAGGACAACGCCUUAAACUGGCUGUGCAGCCAAGUGAUCAGAGCAUUUACUAUUUUGUGCCACCUGUGGCAGCUGCCAGUUGCAGCAAGGAGCUGCUCGCCGAGUUGGAAUCGCAGCUGCAAUCCUGUCGCGAUCUGCUUGAGUACGAGCCGGACAGCAAGUGGACGCUGCUGACAAGUGCGCUCUUGAUGCGUGCCAUUGAUCCGAGUAAAUAUCACGAGCAGAGUUUGGCGAAUAUAAUCAAACUUGAGAAGGUCGAUGCUCUGCGCAAAGGUUACUACGAGGACUUGGCUCGACGCUGGACCAUGGAAGAGGCUUUAACCAAGUGGCCAGAGUCAGCGCAAUUUCCUCAACUAUUCGAGCUGUCGCUCAAGACACCAAAGACUCCUUAUCGACAGUAUCUGAUUGUGGCGGACACUGUGAAAGAAGUCGAGUAGUCAAUAAAGGAAAAUUAGUUAGCUCUCGGUUGCAGGUAUCGAUCCCAUUAAACUAUAGCCAGCUGAAAAUAUUUCUUAUAUGUAUUUAAUUCUCUGAUGUAGUUCCAUAGUUGUAGAAUUCUCUCAUUAAGUUGAAAGUGUGUUUCAUAUGCUUGUAUAUAUUUGAUACAAUAUAUUCCAUGUCUAUUGCUGAGAACAUAUUUGUAUUUAAUUAAUUCAUUUACACACUAAUAAAGCGAAGUAUGAAAUAACUGCAUAAAUGUAUUC